CUGGCGGUCAAGACGCGGGUGCAGGGGUCCUGGCACCGGGACACGGGGUGCCCCCCUGGGAAGACGCGCUGCGGUCCUGGGUACCCAGGCGGCUCGCAGCGCAGGGAUCGCGCUGCAGGUGGGGACCGCAGGUGGCCGGCCCUCCCUUCGGUUUUGGCGCAGCAUCCUGGCACUGGAGCCAGGUGGCUCGGGCGGCUGUGCCCCUGGGGAGCCCCCGCCUCCGGGACAGAGAGAAGGUCUCCCCAGGACAUCAUGCGGAGUGCCACCAAGCCCUGGAGUCCAGUUGCCAAAGCAGGCAGCCAUGGCCCUGAUCGCACUCGGCCCCUCCCUGGGACCCCUUCCGGCAUGAAGAGUUCCAAGUCUUCAACCUCGCUGGCCUUUGAGUCUCGACUUAGUAAGCUCAAGAGGGCCAGCAGUGAGGACAUGCUCAACAAACCUGGAACCGCCUCGGCCGGGGCAGUGCGACUGAAGAAGACCUCCACCUCCGGCGCCAUCUCCGAGCUCACUGAGAGCCGCAUGAGAAGCACCGCAGGGGCUGUUCCAACAACCAAACGGACAGGCAUUCCAGCUCCACGGGAACUCUCAGUAACUAUCUCAAGAGAGAGGUCUGUGCCACGUGGUCCCUCCAGCUCAAAGAAGUUGGGCUCUAGUCCAACUUCCUCCUGCACUCCCACUCCUACCAAGCACCUGAGGACCACCUCUGCGAAACCUAAGCAAGAGCACGAGGGCACAGAGAAGUCUGUACUCGAGUCCCAGGUUCGGGAACUUCUGGCAGAAGCCAAAACCAAAGACAGUGAAAUCAACAGGCUUCGAAGUGAACUAAAAAAAUGUAAAGAAAGGUGGGCCCUAAGCACUGAGGACACCAAUGCAUCAGACCCAAGUGCAGAGGGAACAUCUGCCCCAGUAGGUGAAACAGAACCUUUGAUAAGAACCCUGGAGGAGAAGAACAAGACUUUUCAGAAAGAGCUUGCUGACCUAGAGGAAGAAAACAGGGCCUUGAAGGAGAAGCUGACUUACCUUGAACAGUCACCAAAUUCAGAAGGGGCAGCAAGUCACACUGGUGACAGCAGCUGCCCAACCUCCAUAACCCAAGAGUCCAGCUUCGGAAGCCCAGUUGGAAAUGAGUUGUCCAGUGAGACCGAUGAGUAUAGAAGAAGCGCACAUGGAAGCGCAUUGCGGACAUCGGGGUCUUCAAGCAGUGAUGUCACUAAAGCCUCUCUGUCACCAGAUGCCUCGGAUUUUGAGCACAUCACUGCAGACACCCCAUCUCGGCCCCUGUCGGCCACCAGCAACUCUUUUAAGGGCUCCAAGUGCUCCCCUACUGCGAGCUCCCCAAACAAUGCGAGUGAGCUGUCCUUGGCAUCGCUAACUGAGAAGAUCCAGAAGAUGGAGGAGAAUCAGCACAGCACCGCUGAAGAGCUGCAGGCCACUCUGCAGGAAUUAUCAGACCAGCAGCAGAUGGUGCAGGAGCUGACAGCUGAGAACGAGAAGCUGGUGGAUGAGAAGACCAUUUUAGAGACCUCCUUCCACCAGCACCGAGAAAGGGCAGAGCAGCUGAGUCAGGAAAACGAGAAACUGAUCAACCUCUUACAAGAGCGAGUGAAGAACGAGGAGCCUAGCGCCCAAGGAGGGAAAAUCCUUGAGCUGGAGCAGAAGUGCACAGAUAUUCUUGAGAAGAGCCGCUUUGAAAGAGAGAAGCUGCUCAACAUUCAGCAGCAGCUGACCUGUAGCCUACGGAAGGUUGAGGAAGAAAACCAAGGAGCUAUAGACAUGAUUAAACACCUGAAGGAAGAAAAUGAAAAGCUGAAUGGGUUCCUAGAACACGAACGGUGUAAUAAUAGUGUGAUGGCCAAAACUUUGGAGGAGUGUAGAGUUACCUUGGAAGGCUUGAAAAUGGAGAAUGGGUCCUUGAAGGCUCAUCUGGAGGCUGAUAAACAAAAGGCCGUAGAGGCCAGCAGUACCGUGGGGCAGACAGCAGAGAACUUCGAGGUUCAGGAAAUGCUGAAGGUGGCUCGAGCUGAGAAAGAUCAAUUGCAACUGUCUUGCACGGAGCUCAGACAAGAAUUGCUAAAGGCAAAUGGUGAAAUUAAACACGUUUCCAGCCUGCUAGCGAAGAUGGAAAAAGAUUAUUCUUACCUGAAGGAGGUCUGUGAUCACCAAGCAGAACAACUGAGCAGAACCAGCCUAAAAUUGCAAGAGAAAGCUUCGGAGAGCGACGCAGAAAUCAAAGACAUGAAAGACACCAUAUUUGAAUUGGAAGAUCAGGUGGAACAGCACCGCGCUGUCAAGUUACACAACAAUCAGCUCAUUAGCGAGCUGGAAAGCAGUGUGAUCAAGCUGGAGGAGCAGAAGUCAGACCUAGAACGGCAGUUGAAGACCCUGACAAAACAGAUAAAGGAGGAAACUGAGGAAUGGAGGCGGUUCCAGGCAGACCUGCAGACUGCAGUGGUGGUGGCCAAUGACAUCAAGUGUGAGGCUCAACAGGAACUGCGCACUGUGAAGAGGAGGUUGUUGGAGGAGGAAGAGAAAAAUGCCAGGCUGCAGAAGGAGCUGGGGGACAUACAGGGACACAGCAGACCUGUGAAUGAAGGGACAGAGCCCUCGGAGGUUGAUGCUGCUGGCCGGUGGCGUGGAGUCUACAUCAACAGAACAUCUCCAGCUCCUUCAGACUCUGCGACCACCGUGAAGUCACUGAUCAAGUCAUUUGACUUAGGACACUCAGCAGGUGGAGCUGGACAGAGUAUUUCUGUCCACAAGACUCCCAGAAGCCCCCUGAGUGGAAUCCCAGUGAGGACUGCUCCAGCAGCUGCUGUCUCUCCAAUGCAGAGACAUUCGACUUACAGCACCAUGCGGCCAGCCAGCAAAGGGAUGGUUCAGCGCUUGGAUCUGCCGGACCUUCCCCUCUCAGAUCUUCUGAAGGGAAGGGCCGAGGACCGGAAGUCAGACCCUUACCUCCGAAAGAGUCCCUCACUGGAGUCCCUGAGCAGACCCCCUUCCCUGGGCUUUGGGAACACCAGACUGCUGAGUGCGUCCACCGGGGGUCUGAAACCAAGCAAGCUCAGUGUUGAAAGAAGAGACCCUCUGGCAGCCCUGGCCCGGGAGUAUGGCGGCUCUAAGCGUAAUGCACUCCUGAAAUGGUGUCAGAAGAAGACAGAAGGUUAUGCGAACAUUGAUAUCACCAAUUUCAGCAGCAGCUGGAGUGACGGGCUGGCCCUCUGUGCUCUGCUCCAUGCCUACCUGCCUGCCCACAUCCCAUACCAGGAGCUGAACAGUCAGGAGAAAAAAAGGAACCUCUUGUUGGCGUUUGAAGCCGCUGAGAGUGUAGGCGUCAAACCCAGCCUGGAGCUCAGUGAGAUGCUGUACACGGACCGGCCUGACUGGCAGAGCGUGAUGCAGUAUGUGGCCCAGAUCUACAAGUACUUUGAGACAUAAACAGAAGACCCAGCAACAGCCGCUGCCUCUUGGCCUGAAGUUAGUCCUGAAAGCACCUGCUCACUGCCCACCAUACCUGCUGUGCCCACCACCUAGCCGUCUGGAUUUCCAAGGAAGGCUUAAGCCAAGUGGACCAGCACUCUGUGGGGAAGCAGAGCUGGCUCCAUCUCAGAUGCAAACGUGUCUGGAGCCCAUGCUCAGGAAUCCUUGUUCCCAAUGGGAAGUUUCUAGAGAGGCAGGCCUGGCUUCUCACACACUGGGUCCCAAACCCAGGCCCUCUUCUGUGAGAUUCCCAAGUGUUGCCAGUCCCGUUUGCUGCCCACACGUGGCCUACACACUGACAAACAGCCCUUCAAUCACCGUGUCUUUUCUUCUCCUCCUCCUUCCUCCUUCACUAAAACCGCUCUAGCUUUGCUUUAUUCAAAACUUUGUCCUUACCAGCUGCUUACCCCCCAAAUAAAAGAACAACCCUACAAAACACAAAAACAAAAGCAGCUUUUGCUUCUUAGCAACCUGGAAACACACUGAUUAGGGAAAUAGUAUGCUCGCUCGGUUCUGUAUAACCGAGGGCUGAUAACACUGCAUAUAGAUCUCGCUGUUCCUAUUAGAUUCCUCACAAGUGCAAAGGGACACUUAGGUACCUUGCUGAGGGCCCACGGGAGGCCAGCUGGCAUGCUCAUUAACCACACAGCCUGAGUGCCGCGCUGGUGUCCUGGCUGAUGAGAACUGUGACCGUUGUCCACGGCACCUUCUGCCCUGCUGUUUACUGACAGUCCCGUUCGCACACAUGUCUGCCGAACACAUAGAACUCAACACAAGUCUCGUGUGCGAAGCAGCCUGUGAUGGCGAGCUCCCUGUACAUUUGCACAGUUCCGCAGGCUGAGAGGUGUGCCCCUUGGGAUCCUGGGUGGACAAGAAAUGUAAACCACGUUUUGGCUCCAAACAGGCUUGGCCCUUGGCACUUGUUGGGCCUUUUACAUUUGCCUAAUGAAAGCAGCUGUUAGGAGUGGUGAUGUCCCCUAAAAUCCCCCUGGUUCCCUAAGUGCUCAAGCCAGGUGGCUCUAGACAGUGGUUCCCAACCUUCCUAAUGCUAGGAGUUCCUCAUGUUGUAGUGACCCCCAACCAUAAAAUUAUGUCAUUGCUACUUCAUAACUGUAAUGUUGCUACCGUUAUGAAUAUAAUGUAAAUAUAUGGUAUGCAGAAUAUCUGAUAUGCGACCCCCAAAGGGGUCCCAACCCACAGGCUGAGACCACUGCUCUAGAAGCUUUUUGCUAUUUUUCUUGGACAAACAAAUGUGCACUUCACAGCAAAUGAGGGUGCCCCUCUCUCAGAGAGUUGGAUAUGCACAAACACCCAUUCCUAUUCUAAGUGCCAAAUAGCCCUGAACUGGUCCUUGGACAAAGGACCAUAUGCUCACAGCAACCCCUGAGAAUGACCGCCAUAGUUAGGGUGAAUCUGCCUGCUUGUCUGAGCCAGUCUGCUGGCCCAGCCCUAUCCUUGGAGGAUCUGGGUUCUGCCCCUCCCUCCAGUCCAUCCCUCUGGUGGGUAGCAGCUGGGUACAGCAGCUUGAUUCUCAAGCUAAUGUAGCUUCAUGGGGCCACAGACUCCACCUUCAGGCUCUAUCUGAAGUUCUUGGCUGUGGCUCCAUACGGAUCCCCUGGAACUCCUCCAGGAACUGCAUGCCUGACCCUCGGAUCAGGUGAGUUAGAAUAACUGGAACGGGGCAGAGAUGGAGUCUGCACAUGCUCACAGUUCUCCAGAACUGAUGGGCAGCCCUGCAGAGGGCUACGACGCUAUUCCCCGCCCCUCGUUCUCCCCACAGGAGCUGCUGGUCCCUUCAUCUCCAAGUGGAAGUUGAGGCCUCAGAACCUCCUUGCUGAUGAAUGGGUCCCUCUCAAGGCUGCUGCUUGGGCUGCCUCCCAUACCCAUGUGUUGACAUAAUUGAUGAUGUGCCCCCCCCAUCCCCACUGUCUCCAUGGGUCUGCUUUGCCCAGCCAUCAUAGCGGGGUGGGGUGGGGGGAGUGCUGCCCACACAGCUGGGUGUUGUUUCUUCAGGGGUAAUCUCUGGAGUUGUGUAGGAAAGGCCACAGUGAAGGCAUGUGAGUUUAGUCUGUCCCUGGCUGUUCUCAGGGUGCUGUCUAAGAACCUGGAGCUCUUGACAGAGCAGUCCCCAUGCUGGUCUCCAGACACCUCACAGUAUCUGUAAGUAGAGGCACUUUGGGGCCCUAGGUCGCUGAAGACCAGCCAGCAGAGGACCAGCCAGCCACAUCUGUUCUUGUCUGUGUUCUCUUUGGGGCUUCCCCUGACUGCUGCCGUUCUUGCCAGGGGGCAUAGAAGAGGGAUGGCAUGCCCUCUCAAUAGAAGCAGCUAUUGCUGGUGGUUGGGGGGCAAGGCAGAGGGCAUGCAUGCCUGACAGAGUUCCAGCUCUCUGCCAAGGUGCCAUACUACUGCAUGUGGAGGCGCAGGGCCUGGGAAGAGCUCCAGGGAAUAGAAAUGAAUAUGGAAAACUGACCAGCUAAGAACAGAAGCAUUGGGGGAGGGGGGUGCCUUACUUUUUCUUGGUUUUGUUUUAUGUUUUGUUUUGGGUUUUGGUUUUGUUGUUUGUUUGUUUUGCUUUGUUUUGAGUUUUGUGAAACAGGAUCUCAUGUAGCCCAGGCUGGCCUUGAACUCUUGGUCUUGCUGCCUCUGCCUCCUGGGUGCUGAGAUUAGAUUCCAUACCCAGCUUUGGUGCUUUGUUCUUGCUGUGUUCUUUUGCUUCUCUGCAAACCAUCCUUCAGAGGCCAUCAGAGGCCUCCAUAGCCAUGUUUCUUUCCAUCUGCCCUCAGCUAAGCACAAAGAGAACUGCAAAAUGCAAGAUCCUGGGAAGCUCAGGCGUGUUGAGAAGUCUGUGGUUCUCUGCACUAAGUGGUGUCUGAACUGUUGGUGGGUGGCAGUGCUGAGGCCAUUUCCCACAGUGACAGUAUCCCAAGGAAUGUCCCUCUUCCUAGUCCCCUCUCACUUCAGCAGCCACGCUUUCCUUAGUUCUCAUUCUUCAUCCAGUUGUUCCUCAGCUUUUGUAGACCAUCCAGAAUACAAGCCAUGGCUAGAAGACAGAAACUCAUGUCCUGCCUAGCACAGGGCCACCGCCCGUGGCUUCAGCUAUCCUGGAGAUGGAGACAGGAGAAUCAGUUGAGCCUGAGAAUUUGGGACCAGUCUGGGUAGAAGAGACCCUGAGAGGGUGGGGGGCUGUCCCAAAGAAAUCAGCCAUCUAGCAAUAAUGAAUAUUGGCCAUAUUCUCUUCCUAUCUCUCACGAGCACCAGCCACAUGCUGGUCUCUGACCUGUUUCUCUCCUGCAACUUGUCACUGGCCGAUGGAAAUGGAGAACUGAGACCUUUAGGGACAGACCCACUCACCAAAUCCAUCAGUUCCUAACUAUUCCAGUGUGAGAUGUCCUGCCACUGGCAUCUGAGAGCACCCCCAGGCAAUGGAAGAGAAGUGUCUCCAGCAUCUGCUGAAGCCCCUGGACGUCUGGGUCCUCUGACCGACGCUGGAACACCCUGAGUAGCUCACUGACUUUAACCACAGUAGUUGAAUGCACUCGAUCCAUGUGUGGCCUCCUCUCCCUCAAGAGCACCCAAAUAGUGCCAAGCACUGCCCAGAUGUGACAUGCCGUCAGAGGUGGACAGGGCUCCUAAGUGUAAGGUGUGCCACUAUGUAACAUUUCUAAUAAAUAUAUUUUGUUUCUA